AGAACCACUCAAGAAAUUUCCUUUGGUCCAAAACAAAACAAAUAAAACUAAAAUCGACAAAUAAAACCAAUAAAAAAGAGUACACAAUAAUAAUAGAUCUAUAAUCUAUCUAUCAUCUUCUUCAUUCUCUUCUUCAUCUUCAUCACAUUUUCGCAAAACAAAAAAUGGCUGGUUUCAGCGGCGAUGAAACUGCUCCUUUCUUCGGCUUCCUCGGCGCCGCCGCUGCCCUAAUUUUCUCAUGUAUGGGAGCGGCUUAUGGAACUGCGAAGAGCGGUGUUGGUGUGGCAUCGAUGGGUGUGAUGAGACCUGAACUUGUCAUGAAAUCGAUUGUGCCUGUUGUUAUGGCUGGUGUUUUGGGUAUUUAUGGUUUGAUUAUCGCUGUUAUUAUUAGUACUGGUAUUAACCCUAAGGCGAAAUCUUAUUAUUUGUUUGAUGGUUAUGCUCAUCUUUCUUCUGGCCUCGCUUGUGGUCUUGCUGGUUUGUCUGCUGGCAUGGCUAUUGGGAUUGUUGGUGAUGCUGGUGUUAGAGCAAAUGCUCAACAGCCGAAGCUUUUUGUUGGUAUGAUUCUCAUUCUCAUCUUUGCUGAGGCAUUGGCAUUGUAUGGUCUUAUUGUUGGCAUCAUCCUCUCUUCCCGUGCUGGCCAAUCCAGAGCUGAGUAAUAUAAAUUUCAUUAUUUGUUGUAGCGCACAUAGCCACAGAUUCAUGUAUUUUAAACUUUAUUAAAGACUUGGGCAGAGUAAGGUUGGAGCUUUGUCAUGUUCUUCCUUCGUCGUAUGACGCUUAUCUAGUUAUAAAAUUGAGGUUAUUGUGGAAUAAAGCCUAUCAAACUAUUUCUCUGGCAUUAUUGUAUUUAUUUAUGUUGAGUAAACUAGAUUAGUAAUUUGUGUAAGAAACAUUUUGUUUGUAUUGAUUUCAAUAAUAAUUAGUUGUUGUGUUUAA